GUCAUCCGAGAAGAAAAUAUCAAUUAUCAAUUAUUUGUGCAAAGUUAAAGUAAACACUAAUAAUAUUUUUGCUGAUGAAAUAAAAGUGAAAGACCCUAAAAAAAAAAAUUAGUUAGUGUGAAAACCAAGGACAUGCAUGUGCUAGAAGAUUAUAGGGUUCUUUGAAAAUUAUGGAUCAAAGAUUGUUCAGAUUGUUCGAGGCUGCAACAAUGGGAGAUGUUGCAGAAUUAAAGGCUUUGCAAAAUGAGGAUAAACUUAUUCUCAGGAGAGUGCCUUUGUCGUCUACAGCAGAAACACCACUUCAUGUCGCUUCACUUGCCGGCCUUGUUGAUUUUGUGAGAGAGAUCAUGAAACAGGUGCCUUCAUUUGCGCAAGAGCUUAACAAAGAUGGUUUUGCCCCAAUUCACCUGGCAACGGCUGCAGGGUACUUAGAAGUAGUGAGGGAGUUUUUGAACAAGGGGGAUUCCGGCCUGUGUUUGUUGACGGACAAAGCAGGGAGAACGCCAACCCACCAUGCAGCUAUGAGACGGAGGAUCCAUAUCAUAGAUGAGCUGCUAUCAGAGUGUCCUCAUCAAAAAGCCAUGGAGCAAGUGACUCCUAACGGUGAAACUGUUUUACACUUGACAGUGAAGCCUGUUUGAAGCAUCAGAAAAGCUAGAGGAUCAUGAGGGGCAAGUAAAUGCAAAAGAUAAUGAAGGUAAAACAGCUCUUGAGAUUGCAAAUGCCACAAAUCAACUUCAGGUAUCAAU